CUGAUGACAACAACAAUAGUAAAAUAUAUACUAGUAUGUUUACAGUAUAUACUAUUGAUCUUAAAGAUGAUUGGUCAGAUGGCAUUAACACUAAGAUAAUUGUCAACAGACCAUAAAUUAAACUGAGUGAGAGACAUUUUUUGUGUCUUUUACUUACAAUCACAGAUUUCUUCUCGUAUUUGCUAAUUUUCUCGCCCACUUCAAUUGCCUGCCACUCCCCUUCUUUAACUUUAAAGCAUACUUUCUUUCUAGUCAAAUAAAAAUUGACAUUUUAAGAAUUUAUGAUUUCGUGUGUAUGUAUACACAAAGAUAUAUAUGUGUACAUUAGUAUUAUGAUGCAAUAAUUUCUACUGAUUUUCAUUGGGUGUUUCUUUUAUUUCACUAGUGAGUAUAUUUAAAAUUAGUUGAACACCUUGAACAUUGUCUAAAACAUAAGAAGAAUACUUUUAAACAAAUAACAUGGUAUUGAUUCAUGAAUAUUUGGAAUUACUAUUCACUGACUAAUUUAUUCCUCAUUUAAACAUAUUUUGAUACACUACAGUAUGCUUGAUCAUUUAACAUAAAUGAUAAAAUUAUGAAUAAAUAAAUAUUGUAACUAUUAGAUUUUAAAUCAUUUAGUGGAAUACUACAAGAAUUGAUCUCAGAGUGAAGUUCUCAAUGAUGCAUCUCAAAGCGUUUUGCGUUUCGCGAACACGAAUCAAGCCAGAGACUCGAUUGUUCAGUCUGUAAAUAAUUCUGGACAAGUUCCGUCUAUUACGUGGUCAGUCACUCCAAAGUCUAAUACAACUUCGAAGUUACCAACGAAAGCUUCAUCUCACGAAAAUAUGGAAGGGAAUUCUGGUUUUUUUAUGGUUGAAGUUAAACUGUUAAGUGAUGAAGAGGUUCCAAUGCAAAUGGAAGUCACAAAUGAUUGUUUAGGUCGAUCAUUAUUCAAUCAAGUCAUAGAACGUUUAGGUGGAAUUAUUGAGAAGGAUUAUUUUGGUCUUCGUUAUUUAGAUCGUUCUAAACAAAGGCAAUGGCUUGAAAUGUCAAAAACCGUCUACAAGCAGUUAAAGUAUGUUAGUCCAAGAUCUUUAAAUUUUCGUGUGAAACAUUAUCCAAGUGAUCCCGUAAAUGAAUUUCGUCAAGAGAAAAGUCGAUACUUGCUGUAUCUUCAGUUGAGACGUGAUCUUCAUAGUGGAAGGCUGAUUGGAAGAAAUUUAGAAAUGCAUGUACUUGCUGCGUGUAUACUACAAGCUGAAAUAGGAGAUUAUAAUCUAUUACUAGAUUUCUUGGGACCUGAAGGCUCAUUAGCUGAUCUUAAAAUGUUUGCCAAUAUAACACCAAAAACUGAAGCGAAAAUUGUAGAGAUUUAUAAAUCCCUAAAAGGAAUGUCAAUGGCUGAGGCUGAAAAUAAAUUUCUUGAUCACGCAUCUAAAUUUGAGACUUAUGGUAUCGAACCUUUAUAUGUCCAAGAUCGUAAAGGCAAUCACUUCUAUAUGGGCUUAAAUCAUGAAGGUGUGAUCACUUAUCGAGGAAGUAGAAAAGCGCAUGUAUUCAACUGGCAGAAGAUAAACAAAAUAAGUUAUGAAGGGAAAUUAUUUAUCAUUCAAGUGGAAUGGGAACAGCGUCGACAUACACUUGGCUUUAAAUGUCCAACCCCUGAAGCUGCUGAAGCAUUAUGGAAAUGGGCAGUUGAUCGCCAGUGCUUUUUUACCUUGAAUCGUUCCGUUGAUGCUAAAGAAUCAAAGGCCAAUGGAGGAUUAUUCAAACGUCGUCAAUUUUAUACUUUCACGGGAAGAUGUCAGAAAGAACUGAUGCUACUGAAUUCUAGUAUGCCUGCUAUACCACAACCUAGUGUUGCACGCAGUCGAAGUCUGCUUAAUUUAGCAAAAAGCGUUCAAAGUCAAAGACAUUCACAAAGUCAAAAUGAUUUGGAUCGUAAAUAUGUGGAUAGUAAUGAUAAUUUACAAGAUAGUACGGGAAUAGGUCGUUUAAUCAAGGGUUUGGAUCAUCAUCAAAGUUCUUUGGAAACACGCAGAAACGGGUCAGGUUUAGAUCAAAUGGAUGACAAUCUCUUUAUGAACAAACGAUUGACUGAUCAGUUAGGUGGUAUGCGACAACAACCAACACAAAAGCUACAAGAUCAACCGCAAAAAUCACAACAGGAUAACAAAAACAGUUUAUCUACACCGAAUUUAGCAACUAUUCCAAGCAGUGAUAAUAAUAAUAAUGAAAGUAUCAAUACGAAUACUCAGGGAUCACCGACUGCUGGUGUUGACACAUUGUCAGACGGAAGGAAACGCAUGAGCCAACCGCAAGGCGAAGAAGAAAAGCCAGUAAAAAAUACAAGUGAGGCUGGUAAAAGUGGCCUGGCAACAGCUGAACAAAGGACAGAUUCUGUAUUAGAUUCAAAAAUGCGAAAAGUAGGCGUAAACGUAAAAGGUCUUGAGGUAAGCAGUAAAAGCGAUUUUAACAAUCGUCAGAUUGAUGAGGGGAAUGUUAUUGAUUCACUUAGUUCAGGCGUAGAAGGAAAUGCUGAAGCUACAGAACAGCCAAUUCAAGCAGGUAAUAAUUCAGCCAACUGUGGUGAUGGUGAUCACGCUGGUUCUAUUAAUACCUUAUCCUCGUCCCCACUGAAGUCAGCUGAUGAAGAUGACGAUGUAGUGAAUGAAGAGCUCAUCACAGCUGAUGUAAAACCAAAUACCGAUUCAGAUGUAUAUCAGAAAAUUAAAGUUGGAAACUGGCUUGGAGCUAAUGGGGUUAAAUCUUUUGAAGAUGUACAAAUGAAGCCUUCCUUAAGUGCAGAAGAUUACCAUCAAAAAACAGACAAUCAUAGUGUGAGUAAAAUGGAUGAAAAGUUAAACACAAUAAAUACUAGAGCUUCGCAUAUUGAAUGUAAUCCAACACCAAGGGUAAAUAAACUUUCUAAGGAACCUUUGAAGGACUAUUCAUAUACUGAUAUGUCAACGACAGCACACCCUGUAAAUUCAUCUCUGAAACGUGUUGAAGCAGUUAGCGAAACAAAUAAAUAUCAACAGGUGAUAAAACCGCCUGAUAAUUCCGCUACACCAAAUGAUAAAAUAAACAAACUACCCAAAAAGACUAGGAAAGAAUUCAGUCCCGUUACUGUAAACACACAAGGUUCAGAUAACAGACAUUCAGUAAAAUACAUUAGUGAUCCUUCUCCGCCAACUGAAUUUGAUGACAGUAAAAAUAAACCAAAUCCCUUACAAACGUCUACUGUGAGCCGAUCAAAAUCACAGUAUUUCAACGGGACUACAUCAACAGAUAGUAAAUAUAGUAGCAGUAAGAGUAAAGUAAACUCACCAGCACUGAUAAGUAAACCUGAAAUUUCAUCAAGCAGUCGUACUUCCGGUAUAGUCACAUCAAAAUCUGACCUAUACUUUCCUUACGCACGUAAUAUCUCCACUACAAAUGUUCCCAUGAGUGAUAGGACUCUUCAGUCAUCAGUCGAUGUGUCUAUAAAUUACCAGUAUGCCAACUUACCAAUUUCGUCUAUGAAAGUUUAUUCGGAAUCACGUAACGACAUUAUUUAUCCUAAAUUACCAAAUUCAGAGUUAUUACCGUCAAAACAAACACAAAGACUUCGAGUUAAUACAGGCGAUUCCAAUGAUCAACUUUCAACAACAGAGAGUCGAAGAACUUUAUACAGUUCAAGGAAUUCGACAACAACAAAAGACUUAUCACCUCAACCUAGAGAUUGGUAUCAGACCACUUCUUUCAGUACUAAUGAAAAUGACAGAAACUAUGAAGGUUGUACAAGUAUAGCCCCUGACAUAAGCAAUAUAAUCCUGGAUCCUAUAGAUGACGAACAGCCCAAAUUUUCUUCAAGUAGAGUAAAUACUAUGGAUACUGGAAAUGGGAGUACAAGUAGGCGUAGUCUAUCAAGUGAUAUGAAUAAUAAACUAACAAACGGUUUACUGUUUGAGAAUGGAUAUCGUCCAUUGAAUUAUGAUCAAACGCCUAGUAAAAUUGACAGUACGUAUUUUACUACUCACAUGAAUGCCAGUAGUAGUUAUAUCAACUUACCAAAUAGUAUGCUAGAGCAAACUACUAAUUGUCGUGAUUUAAUUUAUCCAUCGGAUUCAUCAUCAAUGGCAAAAGCAACAAAGUUAAUUAACGCAAGUCAACCAUUUUUUUCAUCAACAAGUACAGAUAUAUUCAUUUCAAAAUCGCAACCAAAUAUUGUAAAAUCUAAAUCUUCAACCGUUCAGUUUGGUGGAAGUAAUAAUGUUUAUGAUUUGAAACCAAUAUCAAAUUCACUAGCCUCGAUAACACAAUCAUCAAAUGAAGGCAGUAAUUCGCGUCUACUCGGUUCAACAUCAUAUUUAAGUCAACAGAAUAUAAACAAUAAGAAACAAGAAGUUUCCAAUGCAAACAAUGAUAAUAAUAAUAAUAGUAAUAACAGUAAUAAUAUUCAAAAUUCUAAUAGAAAUGAAAGAACAGCUGGUAGUUCUGCUGCUCAUUUAGCUGCUAUGGGCGUCGGUGCCUAUAAAUUAGGCGAUUCACUGGCUUUACUAACAACUAGAGCAGAUCACUUGAUUGGACCGAAUAUGAGUAACACUACAAACAAUGAAUAUUCGGAUAGUACUGUAAAUCGAUCAAACGUGAAAUCAGUUUCAUUUAAUACUGCUAAUAAUAAUAUGAAAAAUCAGACAUAUCAAGUGAAUGUUAAACAGCCACUUCAGUCAUCGUUUUCUUCUAUCUCAACAAAACCAUCUUCAAUAGUACAAUCAGUCAGUUUGCCAAAGACAUCUAGUCAGCUAAAAGAGAACAAUGAUGACGUCGAUGGCGAUAGUGGUAAAACGUCACAAGUAAACUAUUAUUAUAAAAGUGAAGAAUUAGGAUCUUCAAGAUCAAGUUUUGAAGAUAAUACUGCCCUCCAGUCAAUGGUACGUGUAACCGAUAGAGUACAACACUUUAUGAGUCUGACUGAUCAAGUCAAAAGCGAAAAAAGUUUGAACGAAUUAACUAAAAAUUUACCCCCAUUGGCUGUAAAAUCUAGUCAGACAGACUGGACGAGUUCACAGGCAUCAAGUCCUCAGUCAAUUGACUCAAAAUUGUUGGAAUCAACUUCAUCAUCAGCCCUUCCUAAUGAAACAUCAAUAAACGAAUCAGAUACUCAAUUACUUUCAUUUAUUCAACAAUUGUUUUAUUAUUUUAUUGUUGGUUUCAUUGUUUAUAAAAUAAUGUCAUGGCUAAAUCUACGGCCUACCUUUGGUUAACAUAUAUAUACAUUGACUACAACUCAGGACUGGACAGAGUACACGAUCCGAUUUGCUUAUCUAAGCAUUCUUUUUCAAUGUAGAAAUCAAAAUCUCUCGAUAUAUACAUAUAAUGUGAUGCAUAAUAAGUUUUGAGAGUACACUGGCGUGGAUGUAUAAAAGAGUUUCAGAGCAAAAGAAAAAGCUGACGACCAUUUUAUCAUUAAGAUUACUAUUAUUAUUAUUAUUAUGGUUAAUAUUGAAAAAAACCAAUUAUGUACAAAGCAUUUGGGAUCUUCAUACAGACAAGGAUUCGAAUCCCUUCUGUCUGUAUUAUAACUACAUAUUAUUACUACUGUGUAUGCCCAAAACACAUUUAUAUCUAAUAACAAUUUCUUGACUAUAAACAUUAACAAAAUCAACAAUCAACAUCAAAUUGUCUACAAUGCCUAAUGCCUCUUCUUCUGCCUUAUAUGACUAUUACUAUUACUGUCAUUCUCUAUGUGUUAUCUAAUGUAAUUGUUUUUUAAUUACAUGUUGAGUCAGUUUUUUGUUUAUAUUUUGACGUAACUUCAUCACGAUGAAUGACGUCCAUAUCAUCAUAACAUCCUACUUGUAAUUAAAACCAAAACUGAAAGGAAAAGAAUUGUUGAGCACUAUCCUGAACUCUUGUGUUGUCAUGAAAAAAUAAGUAAAAAAGACUCAACUCAUUGUAUACGCACGUCAAAACGAACUGCAUGUGAAACAAUCAAAUCAAUCCACUAUACAAAUUCAUUCAAUUAACAAUAAGAAUAUCAUUUUUGAAUGAGACAGUCAUAAAAAGAUAUGACCUGAAUAUCCCUAAAUGCUGCAUUUAAACAACAAUCCAAUAAUAAUAAUAAUAAUUUAUUUCAAUGGUAUCAAUUGUAAAGUCAAAGUGCGACACAACAUUGUUGUCAUAUUUUGACUUUUAUGCUAUAUUCGAUUUUGCAUUUUCGAGUUUUCAACUGUUUGGAAUUUCGAUUCACUAAAUCAUAGUGGGAAGGAAAUAUAGUAGUAAUAUUAUCUCAUUUUUGUUGGUUGAUUAAUUCUGUCCCCAUCUCUCUGAUCUUCACAAUAAAAAAACGUCGACGACAACAAAAUUUAUGCUAUUCGCUGUUUCUAUUAUUUCCAACCAAGCAUUGAUACAAUUAUGUCGCUAAAAAGAAAAGUUUCUACCCAGCCUAUAUGUAUAAUAAAUAGUCCACUUGCUUUUAAUUGUUAUUUUGUGUCAUUCUGUGUUUUCUUCUGGCCUUUCUUGUUUACAAACGUACUGACUUCCUUAUUUUCAAAGAUUAAAUUUUCUUAUUGUUUCAACAACAAAGUCAAGCAGUAGAAAUAUACAUAAACAGAUGAGAUACUUAGAAUAAUUGUGAUAUUGAUAUGUAAGUUGAGAAAGAAAAGAUAAAAUGUACUGUAUGC